AUGAGAAACACAUCUGAAGAAAGCUUAAGCGACGAAACUGCUUCAUAUUAUUCGUUCUCGUCAGCUUUCGCGAUUCCCGUGUUGUCAUGUUACAUAAUAAUUAUUGCAGUAGCGAUUGUUGGCAAUUUAUUGGUUUGUUGCGCGAUAAUGGUGGACAGAAAUUUACGAAACAAUCCCACGACACUUCUUCUACUCUCUUUGGCGUUCUCAGAUUUGAUCACAGUAACGGUUGUAGCUCCACUGGACUUAGAAAUGUUUUUUGUACGCAGUGUCUGGGUUUAUGGGGAACUUAUGUGCGAGAUCGUUACCAUAAUAUUCCAGACUUCAGUGCCAACUUCUAUUUGGAUCCUCCUCUUCAUAAGCAUUGAGCGUCUCAAGAACCUCAGCGAUCCUCUGAACCACUUUCGUCGUUCUCCUUUCAUGACACGUAAACGAGCACUCAUUGCCAUAAUAUUUAUUUGGCUUUAUAGCGUUGUCUUCGCUGCAAUUCCUUCGAUGGGCUGGAGGGAUGCUCCUGGUGAAUCACUUAUUUUUGAAGAGGUUUGCUGGUUUCCUUACAAGAACGCUUACACUGUACUCACAACGUUCCUUAACAUAUUUCUACCAAUAAUUAUCACCAUUGGUAUUUAUAUAAAGAUUUAUCUAAUUGCACGUCAGCGAACAAGACCCGAGUUAGUUGGCAGUAGACUUCCCUUCGUACAAGAGAAUAAAACUUAUUUAGGAAAUAUGAAAGCAGCUAAGACUAUCGCCAUGUUUAUUGGCGUUUUCUUUUUUUGCUGGCUUCCCUAUUCAACGUAUAUUAUUCUCAUGAGCCUGUGUCACACAUGCUGGUCAUUGUUUCCCGAAAGAGAAGAUGAAGUUUACUGCUUUCUUCUGAUGUGUGGCUAUCUUAACUCGGCCCUCAAUCCCUUUGUUUUUGCACUCCGAAACGGAAGCUUUAGGAACACCUAUUCAAAGCUAUUAAGCUCAGCUUUAUCAAAGUCACCCUUAAACGCCAAGCGUGACCGCAGGUUGUCUUCUUUGUCAGAGCUCACCUUUGCGUCUGAAAUUCCAGAUUCAUCUGAUAGGGAUGUUCAACUCCAACGGAUACGACCCUCUGAAACUGAAUUGCAAAUCACUGAAAUCAUACUCCAGAAUACAAGUGAUUAG